UUUCGCUAAAUGAACGAUAGGUGGCAACACUUCCUCUGCCAGCGUCUCUAAACAUGGUUUAAAGCUCCAUUGUUACUAUAAAUGUUCCAGUGUCAUAAAGGGAAAGACUGAAUACACUCAGUCGCGACACUUCUAGUGAAAAAUAAUUUCCUAGUCGCGUUUGUUCCGCCUGGUUAGGUCCUUCAGUGUGGACGGGCAGCUGUUUCCCGGGGAUCGUUGAUUUAGGCGCAACGUCGUGUGCGUCAACAUAUAAUUCCGUGUUUGGACUUUUAUUUACAAAAUGGAUGAAUAUGAAAGUUGUAAUCUGGAUUACUUCCCAGAGAACAUUUUAAUAGACGUACUCUCAUACUUGAGUGUCAGAGAGCUCGUCAGAGCUGGAAGAGUUUGCAAAAGAUGGAAACGCCUGAUUAAAGACCAAAGACUGUGGAGAACAGUUGAUUUGACUGGAUGGAAAGGAGUGACGUCCCGGAUCCUUUGGGUUCUUCUGCGUCAGUACUUUGGCUGCGGACUGAGGUGUCUCCGCCUGCGUGGUUUGCUGCUCUCUGCUCGAGGAGGCACUUUUCUCUCCGAGUCUUGGCUUAAAGCUUUGUCCACCAAAUGUCCCCGCCUCAGUAAACUCUGUCUUUUGCAUGCUGACCUUAGGAGCUUACCAGGCUGCCAGGUCCUGCCCCGAACUUUGCGGGUGCUGGAGCUGCGUGGCUGUGAGCUGCCUCGUAGCUUUUUUAACCAGACUCUGCCUGCUUCACCUCCCAGGCCCCACGAACAAGCCAAAGCCACAUCUAGUGUUGGGGCUAAACAGCAGGGAGGCGCUCAGAAAGGAAAAGGACUAGCUUCACCUUUAGGGAUCGGGGUCGAGCGGUUGGUCCUCAACAACGUCCCUUCCUUUACAGAUCAGCAUCUGCAGAAUCUAGCAUCAUGGGAGAGGCUCAGUCGUCUGGAGUUACGUGACACCUUUCGCGUCACAGCAAACGGACUCAGGAGCUGUGCAGCAAAAGAAGGGCUCUCAGGCCCAGAAGGACUUUCAAGACUAAAAUAUCUCGAAAUAGGGAUUACAGCAAGGCAGGGCUAUCAGUUACAGAUGGCUUCCCUGGGACUGGGGGCUGGGUGGCUCGGUCUGGAGGAGCUGAGUCUCGGUGGGAAGGAGGUGGCAACGGGGUUGCUGUGUGCCAGCCGUCUGAAGGACCUGAAAUGUCUGCACCUGUGGGCCUGCACGCUCAGCGAGCUGCAGAUCGUACGGAGCUGCAGGAUGCUCCGCGGCCUCCGCCAGCUGGAGUUUUUAGAUGUCAUCUUUCAACCUCGGCAGAGUCCCCCUGCAGAAGAAGGACAGGGGCAGGAAGGGGGGGAGGAGCAGCAGAAUGAGGAGGAAGGUCCUGGUGGAGAGAGUAAUGAUGAGAACAGGACGCUUGACGGGGCCGAUCCCUUCCCAGGUCUACGCCGCUCACUGGCCGUCUUGUUGCCGUCCUGCUCGCUGGUUUUUACCAACUGCUCUGUUCAGAUGAAUGCAGACUGAUUCUGCUUAGCAUUCAUUCCCACAGCUUCUCACCAGAAAGUUUUGUCUUACAAGACAAAACACUUCUUUUAAUUCCUCAAUAUGAUACAAAGAAAAAAAACUAGAGCAUUUAUUUUGAUUAUUAAGUAUGUCCUUUAUAUGUUUCUUUAGUUUAAUUAGUAUAAUAUCCUAGCAGUUAUUCAUUUUGUCAUAUGAGCAACUUUCCUCAGAUACUGCAAACACUUUUCUAACAUUUGCACACAACUCUAUAGAGAAAAAUGG